ACAAUGGAUUAUAUAAAUAUGGAUAAACGUUUUAAAAUAUCAAAAAUAUUAAUUGGAAAUUUAAUAUUUCUUCUACUUUUUGCUCACACGAUCGAUGAGACUUCUUCGUUUGGUUUCGAUUCGGCAACAUCAUGUAGCCCGAAUGCAAAACAAUCCAGAAGAGGACGUGCUCAAAUGUUAGCCGCCAUACCCUGUGAUCUUACAACACAAGCUUAUUGUAAUCUACCAGGUGCAGCUUAUCCAUGGCACGCAGUACGACGAUUCGUUCACGAAAAUCAGGGUCUAAUGAAACGAAUGUAUGGCGAUGUCCGUCAUAUAUCAGUACUACGAGAUGAAAUCAUAAAUAACGAAAUCGAUGUUGAAGAUAUAGAGUUGGCUGCGGAACGAUAUUCCCGAGAUGGUUAUAAUCGCAGAGCUUCAAAGUUUAUGCAUAAUCGAGAAGAUUUUGAUAAUUUUAAAACGAAUGAUGUGCUAAGGGAACCACACUUUAGACCAGUCACUACAACUACCACCACUACAACAACAACUACGAAAACGCCAAUAAGCACAACUGAAAAACUAGAGACUACAACCGAUAACAGUGAAUUGGAAAAGACUACCAACUCUGAGGCAGAAACAAAAUUAAACCCAAGCAAUGUGAAUGCCACCACUAACAAUGAGUUAAAUCAGAAAGUGGAAAAUAAUUUCAAAUCGAAAUUAUUGCAAAUUGAUGAAGAUCCAGAUUCAGAAUUAACUACAAAAACCGACUUGGAAAAAGAGCUAGAAGGUAGUGACACCACAGUUGAGGAUGAAGAAGACGAGGAUGUUAAUAUUGAAUUUAAUAGUGUGUAUGAAACCCCCAAUGAAACUACAGCUCCAGAAAAAACUUCAGGCGAUAAUAUAGAAAUAGUGGAUUCUCCACAAUUGGGUUUAACUAAUAUAACAAUCGAUCCCAGCGUACAUUUAACAACAACUACAAAAACUGAAAGCUCUACAUCUUCGCCCACUACAACGACAACUGCUAAAACCACAACUACUACUAUUAAACCCGAAACUGUAGCCGAGAGAGCUCCGUUCAAACAAAGAAAACCUUUUAUACCCUCUUCGCAACGUCAGAGACCUUCACAACAAUUACACAAAGUCGAUUCUACCAUAUCGGCUAAGUUGAAAUUAAAAACAAAUCCCACAUCAGCCUCACCUUCUAGACUAACUACCACAACUUCAGCCAGCACCUCUAAUAAUGAGACUAAAACUGCAGAAACCUCAUCCUCUACUACACCUCUUACCUCUACCAAAACGUCUCCAUUUAAAAGUCAUCUUAAUAAAAACUAUAAUCGCUAUACUACUCAUAACAAUCGUUAUGCUUUACCCACUACAUCCCCGCCCGGUCCCCAAUUAUUAACACCUACUGUACAACCGUUUAAAUCGAAUCCAGAACUCUUAUUGGGUGAAAAGAUACGAAAACCUGUUGCAAGUGCCACACCAUCGGUAAGUGCAGCUGGUGGCUUGGCCUCUAAUAAGCCGGUACUAAAGGAUAGUCAGUUAUUCCAGGAUACUAUGAAACAAGAAGCACCUGCUUCGGCAGUCAAUGCAAGAGGAGUUAAUGCCUGCCCAGUAAAAGAAGAAGUGGUCGCUCCCUUUUGGGCCAACAAUACACGAGGCGAAGUUUUGGCUCUACUCAAUCUUUAUCCAUUCGAACAGUAUGUUCACUGGGAAAAAUGCACCCACGAACACAAACAAAUGUACUGUCGUGAAGGAUGUCGCUGCGAGCAACAAUAUCGACUACAUCGUCUAUUGGCCUACGAUCCUCAUAACGAAUGUCGUGGUAUAUUUUCGGAUUGGUUUAGAUUUCCCUCAUGCUGUAUCUGUAAGUGUUAUAAUAUACCGCUAGACUUUAGGGCCACUUCCAGAUCGCCACGUUCGGAAAGCGGUACUAGUGAUUAUCGGCAUCCCAUAGAAGUGGCCGAAGAACAAGUGAAAAAUGCAAUUUAUGAACAUGCCACCGAAGAAUGGUAUCGGCCAAAAGAUGAAUUUGAUUUUUAUGAAGGAUGAAUUAGAAUUCUAAAUGUUUUAAUAAGUAAAUUGUAUUAUUUUAAUUAAAAUAAUUAUUAUGUUUUAUGCAAUUGUUGUGUUAAACUUUUUUUAUUUAAAU